UACAAUUAUUCCAAGAUGCCGAUGUUGAAGAUUAAAACAAAUCUUGAUGCAUCAAAAUUUGAUGAAGCCUUUUUAAAAGAAAUGACAACAACAAUGGCUGGCUUGGUUGGAAAACCAGAGCAGUAUAUCGCAGUAAUUGUCUCUGGGGGCAAAACAAUGUCUUUCGGAGGAUCGACUGAGCCAUGUGCGCUGGUUUCAUUCGAGUCUAUCGGUGGUAUUAAUGAAGAAAAAAAUUCAACUUACGCCACUGCGAUAUUUAAAGCUCUGAAUGCAAAGGGACUAAAAAGUGACAGGAUAUACAUCAGCUUCGCAAACCUCCUUAGAGAUAACGUGGCUUGGAAUGGAAAACUGUUUUCGCAAUAACUUCAUCAAGUGACCUUCCUUCUUUAAACGUGGAUUCUUGAAACUUAUGGAGCGUUUUGAGUCUGUUUGGUUAUUUUUAUCUUGCUAACCAGCAAUUCUUGUAGAAAUUUUUAUAGCUAGAGAAAUAUUAUGCAUCUUACAAAA